UAUAUAUAUUUCUAUCACAAUUUAUUGAUGUCGUUAAUCUUGUGAGGAAGCUGGCACCAAAACAAGCCAUUAAAAAAAAUUAUUGUGCUCGAUACAGACAAGAUGGUUUAUCUUCGAGUGGUGAUAUUAGUUGUUUUGUUGGUGAUUGGUGGUUCGUUACAAGAUAAUAGGAAGUAUCAACCACCAGAGACAAUCGCAGAAUUGGCAGCGAGGCCUUUUUUACACAAAGAUUGUUCGAAGCACGUUCAUACAGGGUUUGCUUGCAUGGCCUUUAUAAGACGCUACAAAUGGAACCAGAAAGAACAACAAUGUACCCUUGCGAUAUACGGAGGGUGCCAUCCUACCAAAAAUAAUUUCCAAACGUUUGAAGAUUGCCAAAAGGUCGCGGAACCUAUAUGCGCAAAUCGGUUGUAGGCUACAGCAGAGCUGCAUCAUACAAAAUAGUAUUUUUUAAAUAAAGGCUCUCGAUAAAUUUUAGAUUAACAUUAGGUAUUACAUGUAUAGUUGCCAUCAAAUUAUUGCAACAAACCUUUUUUUGCUUGAAAAAUGGCUUUGGCAGAGCCAAUUAGCCAGACUUGUUUGUGAUUGAUUGCAGAUUCAUUUCAUUCAAUUUCUUAUUUCAUAACGUAAGUACCUACUACAAUAUUAUUUUUUUGAUAAAACAUAUUAAUACAGGGCUGGCCAAACUGUGGCUCGCAAGCCACAUGUGGCUCUUGGAAGGAUAAUGUGUGGCUCUCAAUAAAUCUACCUGAAUUAUUUAAAUUUUGUGUUUCAAAAUGUCUUAAAUUACUGACAACAAAUAUAAAAGACUGGUGUAACAUCAAGAAUUAGACAAGAAAAUCCCUUAUCACCGUUGCUAUUUAAUUUGGCCUUAGAAUAUAAGUAAAGUAUCACCUGAGCUGACAGGGGAUUUGCCAACUGAGGAUCAGAACUAUUGUUGGCCUUUGCUAAUGAUCUAGGUGCAGUCGCUCAUUCUACAAGAGACGUGGGAGAAGAGUUUUCACAACUCGAGGAAGAAACGGAUAGUCUGGGACUUCGAAGAAACGAAGAGAAGACAUAACUAAUGACCACAACUUCGAAGUAGUAAGAGUUUAAAUAUCUAGGGGCAGUAAUCACAGAUGAUUACCACAUAUAAAAAGAGGUCUCAGCAAGGAUAGCUGCGUGGGAUAGAGCAUUAUACUCCCUAUCAUCAUUAUUAAGAUCUAAGCUGAUAAAAAGACAAUCUAAAUUAAGACUGUACAUGUCUAUUGAUAGUCCAAUUGUUAUAUUAUGGAAGUGGAACAUGGACUCUACAUCGUACGUGAAAGGAGAGUUCUCAGAAUGAUAUUUGACCCUCAAAGAAAAUUGACAGGAGAGCGGAGAAGGCGCCGCAAAGCUGAAUUGGUGACUUUAUGGUAAAUACUGAAAACAUUGUCAGAUGUGAUAAAAGCUAAGAUAAAAUGUGCAGGUCAAGUGGUAAGUUCAGAGGAAGACAGUGUUUUUUGAGAGACGGGCGAAGGAUAAUGAAGAAUCAAAGUAUCCUGAACUAGUAAAAACUGCUUGUAGAAUUAUUUGCAUUUUUGGAACAACUAUGUGAAACAUUUUAUGUCACUUUAAAAUUCGUGUAAUCCAAACUCUGAAAGAAAAAUGUAAUACCUUUUUUACACUUUUUAAAUAAUUGUUUAAUUCAGUGGCGACGCGUGACUUUUUCUAAAGUGUUACCAAAACCAGAUAUUAAAUAUAUACCAAAUAUAUUAUAUAUUAUCUAUAUGUAUAAUGUAUUUUAUAAAUAUUUUUAUAUAUACAGUGUUCCCAUACAUCAAAGUUUGUUCGACUAGACACCGUGAAUUUUCAGCUUGCUAUUAAUCAACUUUUUUUUGGUACGCGCGAUCCAGGUCUAUUAUAAAAAUAGAUGAAAUAAAAUUAAAAAAUUAAAAAUUUAAGAAAUUAUAUAAAGUAUCUACAAACUAAAAACAUAUUUGUUGUUUUUAGGUAAAAUAUGUAUUAUAUCACCUUUAUACUUUAUUAAAAAAUCCAAAUUGUAUAAUUAGUAUACUAAUCAGUACAUUCAUUUGUCAUUUUUAGCCUAAAAUAUUAAAUAAUUUUUAUUUUAUUGAUUAUACACUACAAUGUACUGUAUAAUCAAUAUUAUUAUAUGUCAUAUUAUAAUAAUGUUGUUGUUAAUUAAUAUAUUUCGACAAGUAAUUAAAAUCGAUUAAUAUGAUUUAUAUAGGAUAAAAAGGUAUAGAUAUAUUAUCUGUAUAAUAAGCAAGUACAGUUACAAGUUAUAAACUAAUAAUUAAUAAUGCAUAUUAUGCAAUAAUCGAAUCCAAAGGGCCGGUACGGUUAACUAACCGGAGUUUAAUCGAGAAAAUACCGGCCCUAAGAAUAACAGGCUUCAUAAAUGGAAUUAUAAUUAUUACCUAUAAUUAUAAUAAUAAUUAAAAUUGCAUUUAUUAAGUCUGAUAUUCUUACGGUCGGUAUUUUCUGUCCCGAUAGACACCGGGCCUACCUAGCGUCACCAAAUUAAAAUUUGGUAACACCAAUACGCGGUUUCAGGGCCAUCGUCCCCGCAAAAUUUUCAGAGACGAUCCAGUCAAAGAUCCUACUAUCGUUGCCACUCACAGAAGUGGUAAACGGCGCGGUGCACGGUAAGGGCACAGUAUAAUAAAUAUGGAACCUCUUUAUACUGUGGUAAGGGCGUAUUAUAAUAACGUGCAACCGAUUUUACAUAAACUCGCUGAUAUUUUCGUGCGUCUAGUUGGCUAUUUUACUGAAUUAGGCAGAUACUAUUAACAAAUAUUUCUAUUUUUAAAAAAUAUAAAUGGAAUUAUUUCAUAGUAGUCAUAAAAUAUUUAUUUACAAAUUUUAACUGUUACCAAUGGUAACAAUGGUUACAUGGACGCUUCGCCAGUGGUUUAAUUGCGGCUCGGGAAAAAUUUCAAAUUUUGAAAACUGGCUCGGACUAUCAAGGAGUUUGGCCACCCCUGUAUUAAUAUAUUAUAUUUUUUUUAUUAUACUAUAUUUAAAUUCGUGGUAAUCACUUUUUUUACUUCUAUUUUUUUUUGUUAUUUUUUUUUAAUUUUCUUUUGUUUUUUUUUAUUUUUCCUUUAUUCUUUAAUUUAUUUUUUUUUUUUGUUAUUAUUAUUUUAUUAAGUACAUAUAUGUUCUUUUUUAUAUAUUUUGUUUCUUUUUAAUUUUUUCAAACUAAAUUAACAAAUUAUUCCUAGUUUACAACUUGUAUUUACAUAAUUUAACAUUUUACAGAAAACCUUAAUCAUAAGGUUAUUACAAAGUCAUUUAUAUUUGAGUGGUAUGGUUAAGUUUCCGGCACAGGUAGAAAGAAAGAAAUGUUAAUCUGUUGCCCAUUUAAUUAUUAUACCUGCUAUUCAGUAUAUUUACUUCUCAAAACUUAACGACUCAACUCAAAUACAAACGAUUUUGUAAUAAGAUUAAGAAACGGUUCUCUGCGAUAAUUUGUUGGCAACUGUACUGGAAACGAGACAAAUUUUUGUUGGGUCGUUCGUUAGUUUUAAUUAUUUAUAUUUUUUACUUAUUAAACAAAUUUUUUUAUCAUAA